AAAAUUGCAAAACUAUUAGAUUCUUGCAGGUUCUGGAACAGAGCAUAUUUAUUGAUAGAAUUUGCAAAAACGAUAGUAGCAGCUAGUUCCGCGCUCUUUAGUGAAGAUGUUCAAUUUUCUCAUGUCUCAUUCGUAAACAACAGAGUACCCGGGCGUUAUGCAUUACAGCAUUACACUCGUUCGUAAACAACAGGGUACCCCGAGUCCUUGCUUUCUGUUUAUUUUUUAUCAGGUAUUCCUUCGUGGCCUUCAUAUUCGUUUCGUUGGGAUACAUACAUCGACGUCUAAAGAAAAUUUUCAAGUCUCGUCUUCUAUAUCAAGUGUAAUUGUUUUUUCUUAUAAGAAAUCCGCAAAAAAGAAUCUAUGAAUAAUCCCAAUCCGAUUUAUAGCAGUGAAAACUUAAAGGAUUUAGCCGCAUUAUAUGGAAAACCAUCACAGGCAAGGACCUCCAACCAACCGGGCGCUAGCAACAUCUCAAGAGAUUUCUUAAUGAAAAUGAAUAAUUUGGACCACGUUAAGAAUUUCUACCCGGAAAACUAUAAAUUGGAUUUGUCGGAAACCAUGAAGGCAGCCUUGUCGAAAGGUGGUUGUCCGGGCUCAGCGCCAGGUGCAGGUCCAUCGGGUGUGGGUGGUAUGUCGGCGCCACCAUCGGCCACAGUGGGAGCCCAUGGAGCUGCGGAUAUACCAGCCGGGGGCAAUCCUGGCUUGUCGGGCUCUGGUUAUGUGACUGAGAAAUUGUAUAUGUUGUUGCAGUUGUAUUUGCAAAACAAAGGUUGGAAUCCAAGUGCAGAACUUUUACAGUGUUUUUCUGAUCUAAAAGAUAAUGCAUUGUUACCGAGUGCAGGAUAUUUACAAGUUCUGGCCAACCGCAUGACCUUGGACUCCCAGGGACGCCUGGUGUUGCGUGAAAAUGGCAAAAUUGUUCUACCUUUUGAGCACUUUGCUAAUGCAGUCAUGUUAAAGCACAUGUCCGGUCCCCAUGGUCUACAUUUGAGUGUCGAUGCAACCGUACGAGCCGUACUAGAAUCCUAUACCAUUGGAAGAGAGAAUUUCGGCAUGGAAAAGGAGUUCAUUAUUGAGGUGGUACAAUCAUGUCCCAGCCCGGCUUGCCGCUAUUAUAAAAAUCAUGUUGGCAUAUCACCGUUACCAUUUAUGGACCAGCAAUUUCCUGGGGUUAGUCCGGAAUUUUUGCAGCAUUUGCCACAUCUUCCACCGCCUCCACCACCACAUGGCCAUGUCCCAGGAGCAGGUGGGGGUGGUGGUGGUACUGUCAGUGGCCCUAGUUCUGCGGGCAGUACAAGCUCAGCUACCAGCAGUUCUGCUGGUGGUGGUGAAGUGGAUUUAUCUGCCAAGUCGCCACUUUUUCCGCCACAACUUCAACAUUUAACGAAGCAACAACAAUCACAGUUAUCGCAGAUUAGUGCAGCUGUGGCUGCUGUUGCCAAGCAGCAGCAACAACAACAACAGCAACAUCAUCAGCAACAGCAGCAGCAACAACAUCAUCAACAACAGCAGCAGCAACAAGCGGCAUUACAGCAAGCCGCCGCUGCAGCUGCUGCCCAACAACAGCAGCAACAAUUGACGGCAGCUUUGUUGCAACAACAACAAAGUCGUGCAUUGGCCCAACAAAGUUUUGAGAAAUUUAAUAAUCUAUCCGCCCUAGAAAAGCAAAGGGUCCUAUCAUCCGCCGCUGCCAUGGCUCUGUCGGCUGGUAAUCCUAACCAAGGCGUCCCCUUGCCAACACAUCACAGUGCUCAUCAUCAAUUACCACCUCCACCGCAAUCGCCCACCGCUAUGCACAGCAGUAAUCGUCAUGAUUUAAUGCCCACCUCAGCUACUGGUUCAUCGACAUCAUCCAAUUCGUCGACAGCAUCGUCGUCCACAGCUCACAUGGUUGAACAAAUGGUGCAGAAAAGUGUCGAAACUUUACGCUCAAAUCUUGAAACUUUGGAAUCGAAUAAAGACCUCUUGGCUCUUCACAAUGGUGCCUGGUCCACCAACAAUCAGGAAAUAAACUCACGUGAUAACUUACCAGUUGGCCAGGAUAAGAUAGUUCGUGUAUUUUCCGAAUUAAUGCGUAACAUGGCACGUAUGAAAACCUACAUACGUCCUUCAAUGUGCAAACCAUAUGGCAAACAAAGUGAAUCUUUGCAGAAAACUUUAAUGGACACCAUACAAAUUGUCCAAACUCUUCGCAAUUAUCUACCACCACCGCAUAUCCAAGUAUCCUCUUGGAAGAGUGAGAGCGAGGGUACAUCAAAUUUAGGUGAUGGCAGUGCUGGUGUUAUAGGUGGCGGCGUCGGCGGUCCAUCUGUUGGAAGUAUUGGUGCUAUGUCUUCUGGUGGCAAUGGUCCAUCACUCAUUACAAAUCUAUCAACAAAUCGCAUUGAGAAUUUAAGCAAUUAGAGUGGAGAAGUUUUUUUGGAGGGUAAGUUAUGUCUAAGUUUUAGUUUCGAAAAAUCAACGAUAAUGACGAGAGGGAGAGAGAGAGAUAUGAAAGAUAGAAUGCCAUAAUAAUUUAGGUAUAUGCCCAACAGCAAAAUCAUUCCAGUAAGCGUUUAGCUUGACACGUUAGAUAUGCAAAUUAAAUAUUCCACUGGUUUUAUUCUUAUCUGAGAGACUUAGACUUGAGGGACUUCAAUUUCAAUUUUUGUAUAAAAAGUUCUUCGACUCCGAUUUUUUUCUAUAAAAAA